AUGACAGAGCUAAAUGUGGAGCCCGAGGCAGCCGCCCCAGGCGCGCACCCUGGCGAACCCCGGCAGAGCCACAGGUGUCUGCGCGUCGGGGUGGGGGAGAACCAGAGCUGGGUGAUCAGGGUGCCUCGGACCCCUACCCGCGCCGCCCACACCCUUCAGGGCCCCCAAGCGCGCCCACCCCACGCCGGCGGCUCCGGGAGCUCCGUGGCUCCGCCAGGAUGCCCGGACCCAAGCCCGGCCGGCCGCGCAGCGUUCAGCCCCGCCGCCGCCGCCGCCGCCGCGCUCCGGCCCCUUGCCCGCGCCCUGCCCGCUCUCCGCUCCGACUCACCGGCUCGCCUGCCGCUCUCCGCCUCCGGCUCCAGCUCCGCGCGCCGCGGCCGCCCCCGCGCCUGGAGGCGGCCGAGCGGGGAAAGGAGGCUCAGAAGCUUGGCGAGAACUCCCUCCGCCCCGCGCACACCUGACGGCGCACGCACAGAGGAGAGGCCGAUCGAGGAAGAGACGAAGGGGCGCCGCCGUGGACGAAGACCGACAGAUAACACCCCACCUCCAGAGGCUCCACGGGGAUCUAGAGAGACGCCCCCCACCCCCAGGUCUAGAACUCCACCUGUCCACGCCCGCCAGCUCUUUCUCUCCAGCCGCUUAGAUGAACUCAAGUUUCAAAAUUCAGCUAUGGCAUGUGGGGACAAAUGGGGAGCGGACGGUUGGGAGAGCAGCAUCAGCUACAGAGCUGUACCUGCAAGAAGGUCGCACCAGCAGGCUCCGCCCAUUUGCUGUGUGACCCUGGGCGACUCACGCAGCAUCUCUGGGCCUCGGCUGCUACAUCCAUAAAACGAAGUGCUUGGUCACGUCAUCUCCGGAGUUCUUUCCAACCUGUGAAUUCUACCGUGGAUGAGUCUGUGCGCUCCACUGAACGUUCAUAGAUUAUUUUCGUCUCUCCAGACAGUAAGACUGUAGAAAACUCGGCCUGGCCUGGGUCUCAGCACUCACCUUCUGCUCAGUCUCUUUAUCCAGCUACUUUGAAAUUGGCAGAUUCAUGGGGAAGCACAUUGACUUCAGGCUCUCAUAUUCUGGGAUUUCCAGCACUCAACUCCUGGCUUCCUGGAUAGCUCUUUGAAGCCUUCUAACAGACUUUAUGGAGAAGGCAGUGGCACCCCACUCCAGUACUCUUGCCUGGAGAAUCCCAUGGAUGGAGGAG